AUGUCGGGGCUCGUUUCCCCAAAACCUAUGUCUUUUCUCCAGCAGCAUGCCCCUGCGUUCAACCCGUACGCAAGAGGCAUCUCCUACUCUGAGACUCCGCCCGCCCAGCUGGCUCACCCAGUUCCACACCAGCCCAUGGGCCAAUUUAUCAAUACCACCACCAUGCGAGCAAGCAGUACCGUGCACGAGGAUGGCAAAAUCUACGCCCUGGUGAUUGAUCUGCUGAAUCCCAGCGAGAGGGAGAGCGCCUUGCUGGAGCUCAGCAAGAAGAGGGAACAGUAUGAUGACCUUGCAUUGGUGCUAUGGCAUUCGUUUGGAAUCAUGCCAGCUCUGCUGCAGGAGAUAGUCUCCGUGUAUCCGAUGCUGUCACCGCCCAAUUUGACGGCCCACGUUUCCAAUCGUGUUUGUAAUGCCCUUGCGUUGCUGCAGUGCGUGGCCUCGCACUCGGAAACGAGGCAAUUAUUCCUCAACGCGCACAUACCCCUCUUUUUAUACCCCUUCCUGAACACCACCUCCAAAACCCGACCGUUUGAAUACCUUCGCUUAACGUCUCUCGGCGUUAUCGGGGCUCUUGUAAAGCAAAAUGACAACAAUACCGUGAUCCACUUCUUAUUGUCGACGGAGAUCAUCCCCCUCUGCCUGCGCAUCAUGGAAACCGGCUCCGAGCUCUCUAAAACCGUGGCCAUAUUCAUCGUGCAGAAGAUCCUCCUCGACGAGACGGGCUUGAACUACAUUUGUCACACCUAUGAACGCUUCUACGCCGUUGGCACCGUGCUCGGCAAUAUGGUCAACCAACUCGUCGAGACGCAGGCAGUUCGGUUAUUGAAGCACGUUGUGAGGUGCUACUUGCGCCUCAGUGACAAUAUGAGGGCUCGUGAGGCCUUACGGGCGUGUCUCCCUGAACCUCUCCGUGACCAAACUUUCAGCUCCCUCCUUAAGGGAGAUAUGGUGACUAAACGAUGUCUCACGACUCUGCUCAAUAACCUUAAUGAAGCAUAA